CGCCUCAUGCAGAGCUUCAAGGAGUCGCACUCGCACGAGUCGCUGCUGAGCCCCAGCAGCGCCGCCGAGGCCCUGGAGCUCAACCUGGACGAGGACUCCGUCAUCAAGGCCGUGCACAGCAGCAUCCUGGGCCAGGAGUUCUGCUUCGAGGUGACCACGGCGUCGGGCACCAAGUGCUUCGCCUGCCGCUCGGCCGCCGAGCGCGACAAGUGGAUCGAGAACCUGCAGCGGGCGGUGAAGCCCAACAAGGAUUUCCUGUCGGACAUGGCCAUGACGGAGGUGGAUCGGUUCAUGGACCGGGAGCACCUGAUCUUCCGGGAGAACACCCUCGCCACGAAAGCCAUAGAGGAGUACCUGAAGCUCAUCGGCCAGAAAUACCUCAAGGACGCCAUCGGUGAGUUCAUCCGGGCGCUCUACGAGUCGGAGGAGAACUGCGAGGUGGACCCCAUGAAGUGCUCGGCCUCCACCUUGGCCGACCACCAGGCCAACCUGCGGAUGUGCUGCGAGCUGGCGCUCUGCAAGGUGGUCAACUCGCACUGCGUGUUCCCGCGGGAGCUCAAGGAGGUCUUCGCCUCGUGGCGGCUGCGCUGCGCCGAGCGGGGCCGCGAGGACAUCGCCGACCGCCUCAUCAGCGCCUCGCUCUUCCUGCGCUUCCUGUGUCCUGCCGUGAUGUCCCCGAGCCUCUUCGGCCUCAUGCAGGAGUACCCCGACGAGCAGACCGCCCGCACCCUCACCCUCAUCGCCAAGGUCAUCCAGAACCUGGCCAACUUCACCAAGUUUGGCAGCAAGGAGGAGUACAUGGCCUUCAUGAACGAGUUCCUGGAGCUGGAGUGGGCCAGCAUGCAGCAGUUCCUCUACGAGAUCUCCAACCUGGACACCCUCACCAACAGCACCAGCUUCGAGGGCUACAUCGACCUGGGCCGCGAGCUCUCCACGCUGCACGCCCUGCUCUGGGAGGUCAUGUCCCAGCUGAGCAAGGAGGCGCUGCUGAAGCUGGGCCCGCUGCCGCGGCUGCUCACGGACAUCAGCGUGGCCCUGCGCAACCCGCACGUGCAGCGGCAGCCGAGCCACCAGGGCGAGCGGCUGCAGGCCAAGCCGCUGGUGCUGCGCGGGCCCUCGGCCGACCUCCAGCCCUACGUCAUGCGGGACCUCAACAGCUCCGUUGACCUCCAGUCCUACAUGGUGCGAGGGCUCAACAGCUCGGUGGACAUGGCCCGCCUGCCCUCGCCGGCCAAGGAGAAGUCCUCCAAGGACAUGUUCUUCGUGGCACGGCCGCCGCUCGCCCGCUCCUCGCCCGCCUACUGCACGAGCAGCUCGGACAUCACGGAGCCCGACGCCAAGAUGCUGAGCGUCAACAAGAGCGUCUCCAUGCUGGACCUGCAGGACAGCCGCAUGAACAGCGUCUCCAACCUCCAGGCCGUGGGCGACCUCCUCAACUCCAGCCAGGCCUCCAUCGGCGGCCUGCGGCCCAGCCGCCUCUCGCAGGGCAGCGCGUCCAGCCUGGCGCCGGGGCUGCGCCUGGGGGUGCCCAGCGAGGGGCCGCCGCCGCUGCGGGUGCCCCUCUCCUUCCAGAACCCCCUUUUCCACCUGGCGUCGGACGGGCCGGCCCGCGCCGAGGCCAACCCGCGGCCGGCCAGCGGGAACCUGCUGCAGUCGCCGGAGCCCACCUACGGGCCGCCCCGCUCCCGGCAGCCCUCGCUGGCCAAGGAGGCCUCGGUGGCCGGGCUCAAGCCGACCAUCACCAAGCAGGCCUCGCAGACGCCGUCCACGCUGAACCCGGUGCUGCCGGCGGCCGAGCGCACGGUGGCCUGGGUGUCCAACAUGCCCCACCUGUCGGCCGACAUCGAGAGCUCCCACAUCGAGCGCGAGGAGUACAAGCUCAAGGAGUACUCCAAGUCCAUGGACGAGAGCCGGCUGGACCGGGUGAAGGAGUACGAGGAGGAGAUCCACUCGCUCAAGGAGCGCCUGCACAUGUCCAACCGCAAGCUGGAGGAGUACGAGCGGCGCCUGGUGUCCCAGGAGGAGCAGACGAGCCGCAUCCUGCUCCAGUACCAGCACCGCCUGGAGCAGAGCGAGAAGCGCCUGCGGCAGCAGCAGGCCGAGAAGGACUCGCAGAUCAAGAGCAUCAUCGGCAGGUGA